GGCCAUAACCCCUAAACCCCCGCAGCCAACCACCCACACCCGCCAUGGCCGAAACCAUCGUCUUCCCGCUCCCUCUCCGAGCGCCCGCCCCGCCGACCAUGAGCCACCAUCCUCCCGCGCACUCCCCUCCCCGCCUCUUCUCCCCAGCCUCCCUCCUAUCCUCCUCCCGCCCCACCCCCACCUCCUCCUCCCGCACCCCGCGGCUCGGACGCCCCCACGACCCUACUCGCCGCGGCGGCGGCAGUGGGCAAGCCUGGAACCUGCCGCCCUCCCUCUCCCUCCCGGCGCGGCGCGCGCUCCUCUCCCUCCUGUCGGACGCCCCCGACCGUGCCUCCCCGCGCGACGUUCUCUCCGCGCUCCCGGCCGCCGACCUCGCCGCCGUGCUCAGCGCCCUCGCCUCCCGCGGCCGGCCCGGCGUCGCCCUCGCUGCCAUCCACGCCGCGCGGGACCUCCACGGCGAGCGCGUCCUCCACCAUCCCCGCGUCCUCCCCACAGCCAUCCGCGUCCUCGCGCGUGCCGGUCGCCUUGCUGACGCCUCCGCGCUCCUCGAUGCCGCGCCGGACCCCGACGCCAGCGCCUACACGGCCCUCAUCUCAGCGCUCUCCCGCGCCAGCCGGUUCAGGGACGCGGUUGCCGUGUUCCGCCGUAUGGUCGCUAACGGCGUCUGUCCCGCCCUCGUCACCUACAACGUCGUGCUCCAUGUCUACUCCAAGAUUGCUGUUCCGUGGAAGGAGGUGCUAGCACUCGUGGACUCCAUGAGGAAGGACGGAAUUCCGCUGGACAGGUACACAUACAACACGCUCAUUAGCUGUUGCCGUCGGAGGGCACUCUACAAGGAGGCAGCAAAGGUGUUCGAUGAAAUGAGGGCUGCUGGGUUCGAACCUGACAAGGUCACGCUCAAUUCUCUGCUCGAUGUGUAUGGUAAGGCUCGGAGGUAUGAUGAGGCAAUCGGCGUGCUCAAAGAGAUGGAGCAAGGGGGCUGUCCACCCAGUGUAGUGACCUACAAUUCGCUCAUUUCGUCGUAUGUGAAGGACGGUCUGUUGGAAGAGGCGACACAGCUCAAAGAGGAGAUGGAGGUUAAGGGGAUUGAGCCGGAUGUCAUUACAUACACGACAUUGGUUUCUGGUCUUGACAGGGCUGGCAAAAUUGAUGCAGCAAUCGGGACAUAUAAUGAAAUGUUGAGGAAUGGAUGUAAGCCGAAUCUGUGCACGUACAAUGCAUUGAUCAAGCUGCAUGGUGUGAGGGGAAAGUUCCCAGAGAUGAUGAUUGUGUUUGAUGAGAUCAGGUCUGCUGGGUUUGUGCCAGAUGUUGUGACCUGGAACACGCUCUUAGCUGUGUUUGGACAGAAUGGGUUAGACACUGAGGUGUCUGGAGUAUUUAAGGAGAUGAAGAAAUCUGGUUAUGUUCCUGAGCGGGACACAUAUGUUUCACUCAUUAGUUCAUAUAGUAGAUGUGGCUUGUUUGACCAAGCAAUGGAGAUAUACAAAAGGAUGAUUGAAGCUGGUAUACAUCCUGACAUUUCGACAUAUAAUGCUGUUCUAUCUGCACUAGCUCGUGGUGGGCGUUGGGAGCAGGCAGAAAAGUUGUUCGCUGAGAUGGAGAAUCUGGAUUCUAGGCCUGAUGAGCUUAGUUACUCUUCACUGCUUCAUGCAUAUGCUAAUGCAAAGAAGUUGGACAAAAUGAAAUCUUUGUCCGAAGAUAUUUAUGCAGAGAGGAUAGAGUCACACAACGGGCUAGUGAAAACAUUGGUGUUGGUAAAUAGCAAAGUUAAUAACUUAUCCGACACAGAAAAGGCGUUCUUGGAACUGAGGAGGAGGCGGUGCUCUCUGGACAUUAACGUUCUGAAUGCCAUGAUUUCCAUAUAUGGGAAAAAUGGGAUGGUUAAGAAGGUGGAGGAGAUUCUUUCACUCAUGAAGGAAAGUUCUAUCAACCUCAGCACCGCAACGUACAACAGCUUGAUGCAUAUGUAUUCUCGUUUAGGUGAUUGUGAGAAGUGUGAAAAUAUCCUCACUGAGAUCAAGUCAAGUCGUGCGCGUCCUGAUCGAUACUCUUAUAACACUAUGAUCUAUGCGUAUGGAAGAAAAGGGCAGAUGAAAGAAGCCUCAAGAUUGUUCUCUGAGAUGAAAUGUUCGGGUCUGGUACCAGAUAUUGUGACAUACAAUAUUUUUGUCAAGAGUUACGUGGCCAAUUCAAUGUUUGAAGAAGCUAUAGAUUUAGUACGUUAUAUGGUUACUCAUGGUUGCAAGCCCAAUGAGAGAACUUACAAUACAAUACUUCAGGAGUACUGCAGCCAUGGUAGGAUAGCUGAUGGCAAAUCAUUCAUCAGCAACCUCCCUGAGCUUCAUCCUGGAAUAUCUAAACGAGAGCAACAAAGGCUGCUAGAAUUGUUGGCUAAGCACACAUCAAGAGAUAGUGGUUGAAUUAUGAACCUGAUUGAUCAUUUUCCGUUGUUCACGUUGAUCUUGACUGAUUGAAAUUUUGGUGAGCCUCCAUAUAGAGUGCACUCUCCACCAGCACUCUGAUGCACAACCACCAGCCCCAUCUCUCCUAGCGCCGCCAGCUGCACUUUAUACCGUCGCCUACCGAAGAUCCCAGUGAGAACAACUUAGAUCUGGUUCGACUUAACGCCUGGAGAGGAGAUGUUUGAACCAACCUCGAAUCCUCAGUAAUUUUACAGGCAGGGCCCAUUACUCCAUUAGAGGUGCUGGGAAUACAUUGAGGUUAAAACAGAUGUUCAGGCUGAUAUGAAGCAGGACAGAAUAUUCCUGGAGAUGCGUUGCUGGAUAAGAUGGAUAGCAGUUAUGUAGUUGAUCUUCUAUUCCAAAUCAAUUUUUAGGCCAGCAUUCUAUCCAUCACUUUUUUUCAGCAAGACAACUGACCUGCUUAUUGCAUGAGAGAGUUGAAGCAAUUGGCAUAGUUAUCUCUGCUGCUUCCAUUUGUGGAACUCUUUGUUCAGUUCAAUAUAAAGAUCUACCA